UGUCUAUGCCUAAUACUUCUAUGAUGGGCAUAAUUUGACAAUUGUUUGUUUCAGAUUUGAGAUUAUUCAAUGAUUGUAACUGAAUACUAAAAUAAAGUAUCAACUGUGUUACUUUUAACUGUAAUAUCAUGUCUCGCAAUAUAGCCGAAGCAGCGAGAAAAUUUCUUUUGUUAGGCCAAUGUGUUCCUACUGUGAAACAAAAUGCUACAAAAAUACGCGUAAAGAGGUUAGAAUUGGAUGAAAAUUUAUUAAUGUAUUUCAGAAAAGAUGAAUUCUAUUACUGUCAUGAUCCAGAUCAAAAAUGUAAGACCGGUGAUAUUGUACUAAUUCAAUCGUUGCCUAGGAAAUUGACGAAGCUAAUCACACACGAAGUUAAAGAAGUUGUUUAUCCAUUUGGGGAUAUCACUGAUCCCAUAACAAAUAAGAAAGUUGCUAAGGAAAGGUACAGAGAAGAUAUUGAAAAAGAGGCUGAAAUAUAUGGCAAAUUGAAAUCUGGAUUUGAUUAUAAUAAAGCCCUCCCGAGAGGUUGGCAAGAUGGAAAAAAAGAUUUUACUUCUAAACCAACAUAUACCAAAUUUCAUGUUUUUGAUGAAAAUGAUCCAUAUGCAAUCUAGUGAUAAUUAUAUGAUUUAGUUUAAUGUAAAUAAAAGUAGAAUUAACUGA